AUGGGCAACUCUCAAUCGAGCCAAGCCAAAGACGACACCCGCCGCUCCAACCGCCUUUCCAAGCCCCUGACCAAGAAGUUCAAUGCCACUCAAAUUAUUCAACUGCCCGAAACCGACCCUUCAACGUUCAGUUCAGGGUUGAUAGGGUGGCAGAACCCUUGGGUUGGCAAGAAUAUUCCCAGUACCCCUAUAGAGAAACGGGGUAGUUACCCCAAGAAAGCAGAGAUCCCACCUACCCUUUUUGAAACAGAAUCGCCUGAAGAAAUUUCGGAGGAUCGAACCUUUCUAUAUGAUCAGAGUCCCACGCAGCGUCAUCCCCGCCCAAGCCUAUUGACCGCAAGCUCUUCGAGAAGAACAUCGUACCAGUCGGAGACUUGGGAAUCAGCUUCCCAGCCCUCGUCUCUUUAUGAACAGCCACCAAAGCGGGCCAGCUCGACUCGAAUUCCCUUGCAGAGGCACAACAGCGCUGUUUAUGAAAACCAUAUCGGGGAUGCGACAUCCUCCAACACCCACUUCUUGGUUGGCAACCAACGGUUCUCAUUAACACGUCGACGAUCGCUCCUGACACGACCUGGGGUUGCCACAAGACGAACAACAGGCGCAGUUCGACGCGUUCCAUCGCCUAUUGGCGAGCCUGAAUGCCCGGUCGAUGAUCCGACUGAGUUGACUGCUUUGCAAUGGCCAUUGCCUUCGACUCAGAGAUCGCGUCUGCCAUCCCCAGUCCGGCCGAGGAGCCCCACAGAUACCCGAUAUACCCAGCUCGGAGCACUCAAAUUAGGUUCUUUGCGAGUCGUAAAUGGUUCCGCCUCCCCAUGUCCGAGCGAACGCAUUCCAUUUGAUGGGCCCUGCGCUCCAGGUUCUGGGCUCGGUCUUGAGAACAUCGCAGUCACAGGGCCUAGCAGAGGGUCGACGCUGGAUAUUCCAUCCUUGCCCGACUUGAAGAAGUCGGAGGAUGUUCCAGGCAGUCCAUUCUCCUUCGAAAAGUCUCCCACUAUCACAGUCCAGCCUCGGGCAAAACCAUUGUUUCCUGGGGAUACUGAAGAUGAAGGAAUUGUCCUCUGCGAUGAUACCAGAACCCAGUUGGAGAAAGUUGAUCUGGACACUGGUCUCACCCGGAGCGCGUCUCAAUCUGUCGACAAGCCCGACAGUGGCUACAGCUCUGCCACCUCUAUACAUUCCAUACAGCGGAGCCGGACUCAGAGUUCUACUACCUCGCAGACCUCUAGCUCGUGUGGUACGGACAGCUCAAAGAACGUCUGUAUCCCGAAAGGCUCAGCUUCAGGCCGCCCAGGCGAUAAAGUGCGUCCCAUGAGCCUACAGACAAAACCAGAGAACUACUCAAGGCUAUAUCCAGUCGCUGCUCCAUGGUACGAUUCGAGCGAUCCAACUCCCCUCACUCCGUCGCGAUCGCGUCGGUCCACCUUAUGUGCGCCCCGAUACACGGAAUAUUCUUGGCCGCGCGAAUCUGCCCUCGAAGUCAAGUCUGCUGCUGUCUCUGCUCCACAACAAGGAUUCACCAGGGGACCUUUAUAUGGAGAUCGAUUGUCCUUGGGCUCGUUUGAUCUUGCGUCAACUAUAGGUUCUACCACAACUACAGAAUCACAACUCAGCCACCAACAGACAACCGAAACCAAGGAGCGACUUCGCAGAUCAGUCUCUGACUAUCAAAUUCAUGAAGAGUACGAGACACAACGACAACUCUCUCGAUCCAGAAGCCGGCUGGGGAGUCGCAUCUGGAGCAUGAAACCAGGCGUUGACGCUCCUCCCCUCCCUACCAUCCGGUCCCCAGGUUACUUGCAGGAUGACCUUGACCUCGAUGGCGAAUUAGCUUCUGAGCCGGUGCGAGGCCGUUGCCGAAACCGGAGCAAUGACUAUCGUCGUCGGUUGACGAAGGCCCGUCCCCAGACGGACGUGUGCAUACGAUGA